AUGAUUCUAUUUUUUAUCUACAACCAGUUCUUUCUUUCUUUCUUUCUUUCUUUCUUUCUUUCUUUCUUUCUUUCUUUCUUUCUUUCUUUCUUAACCCUUUUCAUCUUUCUUUUUUCUUUUAAAAUUUCUUUCUUUCUUUCUUUCUUUCUUUCUUUCUUUCUUUCUUUCUUAACCCUUUUCAUCUUUCUUUUUUCUUUUAAAAUGUAUUUGUUUUAUUUAUUUUCGUUUACACGAUUUUAUUUUUUAUUUUUAUCUCCAACCAGUUCUUUCUUUCUUUCUUUCUUUCUUUCUUUCUUUCUUUCUUUCUUUCUUUCAUUAUUUUUUCAUAGAUGUUUGUCUGGCUCUAUCUAUCUAUCUAUCUAUCUAUCUAUCUAUCUAUCUAUCUAUAUCCGAUGCGAUGAGAACGAAAGAAUUGUAUAUAAGUAUCUAUCUAUCUAUCUAUCUAUCUAUCUAUCUAUCUAUCUAUCUAUCUAUCUAUCUAUCUCCACUCCAGCAGUUUCAGAUACAAAAAUCUAUCUAUCUGGAUCUCGUGUUUUCGAGAUACAACAAUCUAUCUAUCUAUCUAUCUAUCUAUCUGAAGGAAUUAUAGUGUUUUUCCUCAAGAAAGGAUAG